AUGUAUGAGGGGAAGAAGACGAAGAACAUGUUCCUGACCCGGGCCCUGGAAAAGAUUUUGGCCGACAAGGAAGUGAAGAAGGCGCAUCACUCCCAGCUGCGCAAAGCGUGCGAGGUGGCGUUAGAGGAAAUAAAAGCGGAAACUGAAAAACAGAGUCCUCCUCAUGGAGAAGCAAAAGGUGGAUCAAGCACCCUUCCACCAGUGAAAUCAAAGACAAAUUUUAUCGAAGCAGACAAGUACUUCUUACCCUUUGAAUUGGCGUGCCAGUCCAAAUGUCCCCGUAUAGUUAGUACAUCUCUUGAUUGUUUACAGAAACUUAUUGCUUAUGGGCACUUGACUGGCAAUGCUCCAGAUAGUACAACACCAGGCAAAAAAUUAAUUGAUAGAAUUAUUGAAACCAUUUGUGGCUGCUUCCAAGGUCCUCAAACAGAUGAAGGAGUUCAGUUGCAAAUAAUAAAGGCUUUACUUACUGCAGUAACAUCGCAACACAUAGAAAUUCAUGAAGGAACUGUCCUGCAAGCUGUGAGAACAUGUUACAAUAUCUAUCUAGCAAGCAAAAAUCUCAUCAAUCAGACGACAGCCAAAGCUACUCUUACUCAGAUGCUAAAUGUUAUCUUUGCACGCAUGGAAAACCAAGCAUUGCAGGAAGCCAAACAAAUGGAAAAAGAAAGGCAUCGGCAGCAUCAUCAUCUGUUGCAGUCUCCAGUAAGCCAUCAUGAGCCUGAAUCACCUCAACUUAGAUAUUUGCCACCUCAAACUGUUGAUCAUAUGACCCAAGAACAUGAAGGGGACCUUGAUUCCCAUACAAAUGAUGUGGAUAAAAGCCUUCAGGAUGACACAGAACCUGAAAAUGGAUCUGAUAUUUCCAGUGCAGAAAAUGAACAGACUGAAGCUGAUCAGGCAACUGCAGCUGAAACAUUAUCUAAAAAUGACAUAUUAUAUGAUGGAGAAAACCAUGACUGUGAGGAAAAGCCACAAGACAUUGUACAGAGCAUUGUAGAAGAAAUGGUGAACAUCGUUGUUGGAGAUAUGGGAGAAAGGACGACUAUAAAUGCAAGUGCAGAUGGCAACAUUGGAACUAUAGAGGAUGGUAGCGACAGUGAAAAUAUCCAAGCAAAUGGAAUUCCAGGAACACCAAUUUCUGUUGCAUAUACACCAUCUUUACCUGAUGACAGAUUGUCUGUCUCUUCCAAUGAUACUCAGGAAUCUGGAAAUUCUUCAGGACCUUCACCUGGUGCUAAGUUUUCCCACAUUUUACAAAAGGAUGCCUUUCUAGUAUUCAGGUCAUUGUGUAAACUGUCCAUGAAACCACUGUCAGAUGGACCCCCAGAUCCAAAGUCUCAUGAGUUGCGAUCCAAGAUUCUUUCAUUGCAGUUACUUCUAUCCAUUCUGCAGAAUGCAGGACCUGUUUUCAGGACAAAUGAAAUGUUUAUUAAUGCUAUUAAGCAGUAUCUCUGUGUCGCACUCUCAAAAAAUGGAGUCUCAUCUGUUCCAGAGGUUUUUGAGCUUUCUCUUUCCAUAUUUCUUACUUUGUUGUCAAACUUCAAGACGCAUCUGAAGAUGCAAAUUGAGGUGUUCUUUAAAGAAAUUUUCCUAUACAUUUUGGAAACUUCUACCAGCUCAUUUGACCACAAAUGGAUGGUUAUUCAGACAUUGACAAGGAUCUGUGCAGAUGCUCAGAGUGUAGUGGAUAUUUAUGUAAACUAUGACUGCGACUUAAAUGCAGCAAAUAUAUUUGAAAGACUAGUAAAUGAUCUAUCAAAAAUUGCUCAAGGACGGGGCAGUCAAGAACUUGGUAUGAGUAAUGUUCAGGAACUGAGCCUGAGGAAAAAAGGCUUAGAAUGCUUAGUGUCGAUUUUGAAGUGUAUGGUUGAAUGGAGUAAGGAUCAGUAUGUGAAUCCCAACUCUCAGACAACUCUUGGUCAGGAAAAACCCUUAGAACAAGAGACGAAUGAAAUCAAACACCCUGAGACAAUAAACAGAUAUGGAAGUUUAAAUUCCCUGGAGUCAACAUCAUCAUCAGGAAUAGGCAGCUACAGUACACAGAUGUCUGGCACUGAUAAUCCAGAACAGUUUGAAGUCCUAAAGCAACAAAAAGAAAUAAUAGAACAAGGAAUAGAUUUAUUUAAUAAGAAACCAAAGAGAGGAAUACAGUACCUUCAAGAACAAGGGAUGCUUGGCACUACAUCUGAAGAUAUAGCCCAAUUCUUACAUCAAGAGGAAAGAUUAGACUCAACUCAAGUGGGUGAGUUCCUGGGAGAUAAUGAUAAAUUUAACAAAGAAGUCAUGUAUGCAUAUGUGGACCAACACGACUUUUCAGGAAAGGACUUUGUUUCAGCUCUUCGUAUGUUUCUGGAAGGAUUCCGUCUUCCAGGGGAAGCUCAGAAAAUUGAUCGAUUGAUGGAAAAAUUUGCUGCGAGAUACCUAGAAUGCAACCAAGGACAAACCCUUUUUGCUAGUGCAGAUACUGCUUAUGUUUUGGCUUACUCAAUUAUCAUGCUGACCACAGAUCUUCACAGUCCACAGGUUAAAAAUAAAAUGACAAAGGAACAAUACAUUAAGAUGAAUAGAGGUAUCAAUGACAGUAAAGACCUUCCUGAAGAGUAUCUGUCAGCCAUCUAUAAUGAGAUAGCUGGAAAAAAGAUAUCAAUGAAAGAAACAAAAGAACUAACAAUCCCUACAAAAUCAAGUAAACAAAAUGUAGCCAGUGAAAAACAAAGAAGACUUCUGUAUAACUUAGAAAUGGAACAGAUGGCCAAGACAGCAAAAGCACUCAUGGAAGCCGUGAGCCAUGUUCAGGCACCUUUUACAAGUGCAACACAUUUGGAGCAUGUGAGGCCUAUGUUUAAGUUGGCUUGGACACCUUUUCUGGCUGCGUUUAGUGUGGGUCUGCAAGAUUGUGAUGAUACUGAAGUAGCCUCUCUUUGCCUGGAAGGUAUAAGAUGUGCAAUCAGAAUUGCAUGCAUUUUCAACAUUCAGCUGGAAAGAGAUGCAUAUGUCCAAGCACUAGCAAGAUUUACCUUACUUACAGUGAGUUCUGGUAUUACUGAAAUGAAACAGAAGAACAUUGACACAAUAAAAACACUUAUCACAGUGGCUCAUACAGAUGGAAAUUAUUUAGGAAAUUCAUGGCAUGAGAUUCUGAAGUGCAUCAGUCAGUUGGAGCUUGCACAACUUAUAGGAACUGGAGUGAAACCUCGAUACAUUUCUGGAACAGUACGGGGCAGAGAAGGAUCUCUUACUGGAACAAAAGAUCAGACUCCUGAUGAAUUUGUGGGUCUGGGGCUAGUUGGAGGAAAUGUGGACUGGAAGCAGAUAGCAAGUAUUCAGGAAUCCAUUGGAGAAACCAGUUCUCAAAGUGUCGUUGUUGCUGUAGAUAGAAUAUUUACAGGGUCAACAAGGCUAGAUGGAAAUGCUAUUGUGGAUUUUGUCCGUUGGCUCUGUGCUGUGUCUAUGGAUGAAUUACUUUCCACUACACACCCAAGAAUGUUUAGUCUACAAAAAAUAGUAGAAAUAUCAUACUACAACAUGGGAAGAAUAAGACUGCAGUGGUCUCGAAUUUGGGAAGUUAUUGGUGAUCAUUUUAAUAAGGUUGGCUGUAAUCCUAAUGAAGAUGUAGCUAUUUUUGCAGUAGACUCCUUGAGGCAAUUGUCAAUGAAGUUCUUAGAGAAAGGGGAGCUUGCUAAUUUCAGAUUCCAGAAGGAUUUCUUAAGACCUUUUGAACAUAUAAUGAAACGAAACAGGUCCCCAACAAUUCGAGAUAUGGUUGUACGUUGUAUAGCACAGAUGGUUAAUUCUCAAGCUGCUAACAUUCGGUCCGGAUGGAAGAACAUUUUCUCUGUGUUUCAUCUAGCUGCAUCUGAUCAAGAUGAAAGCAUAGUGGAACUUGCAUUCCAAACAACAGGGCACAUUGUCACUCUUGUGUUUGAAAAACACUUUCCAGCGACCAUUGAUUCUUUCCAGGAUGCAGUGAAGUGUUUGUCUGAAUUUGCGUGCAAUGCAGCUUUCCCAGACACAAGUAUGGAAGCAAUUCGACUUAUUCGCCAUUGUGCAAAAUAUGUGUCUGAUAGACCUCAGGCUUUCAAGGAAUACACAAGCGAUGAUAUGAAUGUGGCGCCUGAAGACAGGGUGUGGGUGAGAGGAUGGUUCCCAAUUCUCUUUGAGUUAUCCUGUAUCAUCAACAGAUGCAAAUUAGAUGUAAGAACCAGGGGUUUAACAGUAAUGUUCGAAAUAAUGAAAACUUAUGGCCACACUUACGAAAAACACUGGUGGCAGGAUUUAUUUAGAAUUGUUUUCAGAAUCUUUGACAACAUGAAAUUACCAGAACAGCAGACAGAGAAAGCUGAAUGGAUGACUACAACUUGUAAUCAUGCACUUUAUGCAAUUUGUGAUGUGUUCACCCAGUAUUUAGAAGUACUCAGUGAUGUACUUUUGGAUGAUAUUUUUGCCCAGCUCUACUGGUGUGUGCAGCAAGACAAUGAGCAGUUAGCACGAUCUGGUACAAACUGCUUAGAGAAUGUUGUUAUUCUCAAUGGUGAGAAGUUUACCCUAGAAAUCUGGGAUAAAACUUGUAACUGCACACUGGAUAUCUUCAAAACCACAAUCCCACAUGCGCUCUUGACCUGGCGUCCCUCUUCUGGAGAAACUGCUCCCCCACCUCUGUCUCCUGUGAGUGAAAAGCAGCUGGAUACAAUAUCACAGAAAUCUGUAGAUAUUCAUGAUUCUAUUCAACCAAGAUCUGCAGAUAAUAGACAGCAAGCACCAUUGGCUUCUGUCUCUACUGUGAACGAAGAAGUCAGCAAAAUUAAACAUACAGCAAAAUUUCCAGAACAAAAAUUGUUUGCCGCCCUGUUGAUUAAAUGUGUUGUGCAGCUGGAACUCAUCCAGACUAUCGACAACAUUGUGUUCUUCCCAGCCACAAGUAAGAAGGAAGAUGCUGAAAACCUAGCUGCAGCCCAGAGAGAUGCCGUGGACUUUGAUGUUCGAGUUGAUACUCAAGAUCAAGGAAUGUACCGCUUUUUAACAUCACAACAACUUUUUAAGCUACUGGACUGCUUAUUAGAGUCACAUAGAUUUGCAAAAGCAUUUAAUUCCAACAACGAACAGAGGACUGCUUUAUGGAAAGCAGGUUUCAAAGGCAAAUCCAAACCUAACCUUCUGAAGCAAGAGACAAGCAGCCUGGCCUGUGGGCUGCGCAUUCUCUUCCGGAUGUACAUGGAUGAGAGCCGGGUUAGUGCCUGGGAAGAGGUCCAGCAAAGGCUUUUAAAUGUCUGCAGUGAAGCCCUAAGUUACUUCCUUACUCUAACAUCAGAAAGUCACCGGGAAGCCUGGACUAACUUACUGCUUUUGUUUCUAACUAAAGUUCUAAAGAUAAGUGAUAAUAGGUUUAAGGCUCACGCGUCAUUCUACUACCCUCUCUUAUGUGAAAUUAUGCAAUUUGACUUGAUUCCUGAACUUCGUGCUGUUCUUAGAAGAUUUUUUCUGCGAAUUGGAGUAGUUUUUCAGAUAUCACAGCCACCUGAACAGGAACUUGGAAUAAACAAGCAAUGA